AUAUUUGUAAACAACUUUUCUGACAGCAGAACCUAUACGUUCGAAGUCGAAAAAAGUUAUCGCGUUGAGAAGCUGAUGGACAUGAUUUUUGACAAGUUCCACAUUCCUAAAGAUCAGCAACAUUUGACCUAUGCGGGCAAAAACCUGGCAGAUGGAAUGACCCUUGAGCACUACGGUAUCAAAAGGGACACUACCGUGUUUCUGAUCGGGUGCCUUUGA